CGUAGGGUCGAGGUUCUUUCGUCUGCAGUAAGGUGAACUAUCAUUCAAUCAUUUCCAGCAAAUGACAAUUUAACGCUAGUUUUAUUUGACGAGAAAUGGCUUGCAUCCUCCUGUCCAAUCUGCUACCUCUCGUUUGUUUGUUUCAUUUUUCUAUCUACUCGACAGUGGCAAAACCUGAUGGAUGUGGAAUUCGAGCAAAUACCCAGACUAGAAUCGUCGGCGGAGAACUAUCUUAUCCAGGAAAGUGGCCCUGGAUGGCUGCACUAUAUCGCUCUAAUACAAACCAGUAUUGUGCUGGGGCUGUGAUUUCAGAUCGUCACAUACUUACUGCUGCACAUUGUGUCAGUGGGGUACAUCCGUCUAAACUUCAUAUCCGAUUGGGAGAAUUUGACAUACCAGGAAGGUUGCCUACCACUACUCCGCCAAACAAAAGUUUCAGCGGGACAUUGUUGGAUGAGAACAGCAACACCAACAACCUAUUCAGUGUUGAAAAGAUAAUUGUUCAUCAACAAUAUGAACCACGUUCGCACCUGCACGACAUUGCCAUCGUUCGAUUAGGUCAAGCCGUCCUAUUCAGUCCCGUCAUCCAACGCAUUUGUCUGCCUCCUCCGUCACUGCCAUCACUGGAAGACCGAACAGCUAUUGUGGCAGGUUGGGGAACAACCGCGUUUCUAGGCACUUCUAGUCCCUCUCUCCGCGAAGUGGAGGUGCCCAUUUGGAACAAUCAAGCCUGCCUUGAAGCCAUCGGAAAAAAUGUCUUUAACACGACAUUGUGCGCUGGUGGCCGAAUCAAAUCUGCUGACGCUUGCCAGGGCGAUAGCGGCGGUCCGUUGAUGAUGCCCAUGGUGGACGAUCGAUGGGCAGCCAUCGGUGUUGUUUCUUGGGGUAUCAGAUGUGGGGAACCAACAAAACCAGGGCUCUACACUCGAACUAGUCAUUACACGGACUGGAUCCUAUCCACCGUCCAGCGCACGGCGUGAUUCAUUAAAAUGCUGGCUGAAAGAAACGUGAGACGUGUGGACUAUCGAAUGUCGGAAUCUCGCGCGCUUGUCCCACUGACGAUGGCCAUAAAUUCAUUAUAUUCGUAUUUAGUAAAGCAGGCCUGUUAAUUUAAAGCAAAUCACUAUUUGCUAUUCGUAAGCAAACCAAAUGUUCAUAUCUUUCGUAAAUUUGUAGUAACUAUGCGUGUGUUCCAAUAUUCCGCGCUGCAGGUGGCGGGUUCUACCUCUAAAUAAAUUCUUUUUAAUUUUUUCCUUA